GCUAUUUCUGGCAUUUCCAUCUACUCUAUUCCUGCCCCUCCCCCCGGAUGUUGGUGUCACCAUGGCAACGAGCACGCGCUACCCAAGGCUCAAUUCUCUAGCGGUUACCGACCUCGACCGCCUCACUCUCCGCAAACCUGCGACUCCACGGCGCACGCUACCCACUCGGCCUCGGAGCCAUCUCCCUGGACCCCAGGGCAAGGAGCCGAGGGGCAGCAUGGCCAAGGCGGCAGCUUCUUCGCCGCUGGAAGACUUGGACCUGAGCGGAGAGGAGGUCCAGCGGCUCACCUCCGCCUUCCAGGACCCGGAGUUCCGGCGAAUGUUCUCCCAAUACGCCGAGGAGCUAACAGACCCCGAGAACCGGCGGCGCUACGAGGAGGAGAUCACGGCGCUGGAGCGUGAGCGCGGAGUGGAGGUGCGGUUCGUGCACCCGGAGGCGGGCCACGUUUUGCGCACAAGCCUGGACGGGACCCAGCGCUGCUUCGUGAACGUGUGCAGCAACGCGCUGGUGGGCGCGCCCAGCAGCCGGCCCGGCUCCGAAGGCGCAGCACCCGGCAGCCAGUGGUCUCUGCCGUACAGCCUGGCGCCCGGCCGCGAGUACGCGGGGGGCCGCGGCACCCGCUACACUGUCUACGAUGUGGUCUUCCACCCAGACGCGCUCGCGAUGGCCCGGCGCCAUCAGCGCUUCCGCCAGAUGCUAGACGCCACGGCCCUGGAGGCUGUGGAGCAGCAGUUCGGCGUGAAGCUGGACCGCAGGAAUGCCAAGACCCUGAAGAUCAAGUACAAGGGGACCCCGGAGGCCGCCGUGCUGCGCACGCCCCUACCCGGGGGCGCCCUGGCCCCGCCCGAGGGGGAGCCGGAGAGCCCUCUACUCGAUUUUCCCUACCCCUACCGGCGCCCCGCGGCCUCCGGGAACGCUGCGGUCCCCCCGCCCCAGGCGCCCUCCUCUCCGGAGGCGGUCCGGCAGCCCGCCCCUACUGAGCCUCGCUACAGCGUGGUGCAGCGCCACCACGUGGAUCUCCAGGAUUACCGCUGCUCUCGGGACUCAGCCCCCAGCACCGUGCCCCACGAGCUGGUGGUCACCAUCGAGCUGCCGCUGCUGCGCUCGGCCGAACAGGCGGCGCUGGAGGUGACGGAAAAGCUGCUGUGCCUCGACUCGAGGAAACCCGACUACCGGCUGCGGCUUUCGCUCCCGUACCCGGUGGAUGACAGCCGAGGCAAGGCGCAGUUCAACAAGGCCCGGCGGCAGCUGGUGGUCACGCUGCCCGUGGCGCUGUCCGCCACACGCCCGGAGCCGGCCGCGACCGCUGAAGAGGCCGCCCACCCGCCCGGAAGUGACGGCACGGCCUGCGCUUCCGCUCGCCUGGGGGAGGCGGGACCCCCGGGGUUUCGUGCCGGGGACAGAGGCUCGGAUCCCAGCCGAGCCGGGGCUGCAGACGCCGGGAUCACCACCCGGGACGCCGCCGGGGAGGGAAUCGUCUCAGAACCGGAGGAGCGGGAUUUCGGCCGGAAAGCGAGAUCAACAACGGGCAUCGGGGAGGAGCCGCCUCCCGGAGCCAAAAGCUCACCUGGGGACGGUGGCGGAGGCUCUCCUUGUACUUCUUCCGGGGACCUUGACACGGCGUCUUCCGCAGCAAGCGAGAGUGCGUGCGGAGCUGUCAGCGUUGAGGCGCCCGUGGCCCGGGAAGCUGAUCGAGCCAUGGGUGGUCGCGGGACCGACCUCGGGGAAACUUUGUGUCCGCCUUUGCAGUGUAAUCAGGAUGAGGAAUCCCUGACUCUGCUAAUACAAGUGCCUUGGAUCCAGCCGCAAAGUCUUCAAGGGGAAGUGACCUCCCUCUGGUACAAAUUGUGCUUCUCCACCCAAGACUUAGUCUAUUAUUCCUUCUUUUUGCAGUUUGCUCCAGAGAAUAAAUUGAGUACCAAAGAACCAGUGGUUAGCAUUUCCUCAAACAAUGCAGUGAUAGAACUGGCCAAAUCUCCAGAGUGCCAUGGACAUUGGAGAGAGUGGUAUUAUGGUUUAAACAACGAUUCUCUGGAGGAAAGGUUAUUUGUUAAUGAAGAAAAUGUUAAUGAGUUUCUUGAAGAGGUCCAGAGCUCUUCAUCCAAACAGACAAUGCCCCUAACGCCACCAUUGAUUGAAGUUCUUCAGAUUACUGAUAGUAAGAUUGAAAUACAUGCAAAGUUGCAAAAAUGUAGUACCUCUGAGCAGCUUCAUGAAAAGGAAGAAAGAGUCAGUGAAGGUCAUCUAACUGGAAAAGAAAAUCUAGAACAUCCUACUACCUCAACAACCGAUUGGGAGUCAUCUGGAGCAGCUGAAGUACCAGACGCAGCCAGGAGUGGUUCAGCUGCACGCUUGCAACAAGGGGCUCCUGAUGUGCCUCAGAAGCUGCCUGCAGAGUCUCAGCAGCCUGAGUCAAAUAUGGAACCGGAAUUUGUAAAAGAAAGAAGUGCUGUUCAUGCAAAUGAAGAAAAAAAUAAUUUAAAAGAACCAGUAAUAACUGAAGAGAAAGAGUUAGAUGGAGAUCACUUAUCUUCAUUACUGAACAAAACUGCAGUUCACAAUACACCUGGUUUUGACAACAUAAAGGAAACCAAUAUGCAGGAUGGUAGUGUGCAGAUUAUCAAGGACCAUGUGACUCAUUGUUCAUUCAGUUUUCAGAAUUCUUUGCUUUAUGAUUUGGAUUAAUUCUAUACAAUUUUAGAAUUUAGAGGCCGAGUAAAAAUUUUGGGACUUAAAAUAGAUUCUGUUUACUAUCUUAAGACCAAAGGUAUUCAAUAAAAGUAUAAAAUUAAAGGUAUCAAAUUA